GACAAGUGAAUCAACUUUAUUGAAGAAGAUAAAAAAGGUAUAAAUACGAUUAGGAUUGUGAAAUGAGACAUUCAUACAGUUAACCCUGUUUGAAACCGACGAAAAUGCGGGGCUUUUUGAUUCUCUCGGUUACCCUGGCGGUCGCCUUGGCGGCAGAGCCGCUGAAACGCCAGGCGUUCUUCAACAACGCUUUCGGCGCGCGCCGCACGGUCCCCGUGCUAGCCGCCCCGGUGGUCAGCGCGACCGCGUCCGCCCGCUACAACCCCGCCGUCGGCCGGUACAACCCUGCUGCUGACAACUCGGGUCGCUACGUCGACAACUCCGGCAGAUACGUUCCCGAUGACUCCGGCAAAUACAACGACCAGUCUGGCAGAUACAUCCCCGAUGACUCUGGCAAAUACAACGGUGACCGCGGCGACCGCGGUGGUGCCGGCGGCUUCUACUCGGGCUCCAGCGACCGCGGCGGUCCCGGCGGAUUCUACACCGGCUCCUCUGACGCCGGCGGCCCCGGAGGCCCCGGAGGCCCAGGUGGCGCUUACUCUGGCAGCGGUACCCGUGGGUCCGGCGCGAGCGGCGCGGGCGGCGCUAGCGGCGUGGUCGCUGUCUCCUCCGCCAGCUCCUCUGGCUUCGGCAAGUCAUCCGCCUCCAGCAGCGUGAGCGGCGUCUCCGGCGCCUCCCUGCUGGUCUCCUCCAACCGAGGCGCCUCCUCCGCCUCCGCCUCCGCCAGCCGCAACACCGGCGACUACAACUACAAGUAUGGCAUCAUCCGCUACGACAACGACAUCUCUCCCGAAGGCUACCACUACCUGUACGAGACCGAGAACAAGAUCCUCGCCGAGGAGGCGGGCAAGCUCGAGCAGAUCAGCAGCGAGGAGGACGGCAUCCGAGCCAAGGGAUUCUACGAGUUCGUCGCCCCCGACGGCGUCACCUACAGAGUGGACUACACGGCUGAUGAGAACGGAUUCGUGCCCACCGGAGCGCAUUUGCCCUGAGAAAUUAAAUUAUUUAUAACCUAGUGUCUAAUAGUACAAACGGAGAGAACUCACGAAUUUAUGUUGAUAUAGUUUUAAGUAAAUAAAUGAAAAAUGAUUGAGCGACUAUAAAGUA